AUGUUCCCAGACCCGUUUCAGACGCCUAACCAAUUGACUCACAGAGACGCCUGGGAAGCACGCAGAAACCGACCAAUUGAUUUACAAAGCGCCGAGCAACCGUCCAGCUUACUUGAUCAAGAGACACUCCACCGACCCUUUCAGAAGCCCCACCCACCCUUUCAGACGCCUGCCGACCCGUUCAGACGCCCUCCGACCUGUUUAGACGUCCUCCAACCCACGCUCGCCGACCCGUUUAAACGCUCGCCGACCCGUUCAGACGCCCCCGACCCAUUCAGACGCGCGCCGAUCCGCUCAGACGCUCGCCGACCGGCUCAGACGCUCACCGACCCGCUCAGACGGUCGCCGACCCGCUCAGACGGUCGCCGACCCGCUCAGACGCUCGCCCACCCGUUAAGACGCCCCCAACCCAUUCAGAAACCCCGCCAAUCCUUUCAGACGCUCUGCAACGACUAA